UUCUACAGCCAUGGCUGGACUGGGUGCUGCUUUCCGCCGCUUAGGCGCUGUGUCCGGAGCCAGUGCCUUGGGAUUGGCCACUUACGGGGCGCAUGGUGCGAACUUCCAGGACCCGUAUCAUAAGGAGCUCUUUGAGAAAACCAACAAACACCACUUCAUCCACAGUCUGGCUCUGCUCUGCGUCCCCCUCUGUAGCAAGCCGAUUUGGGCAGGGACUCUGCUUACCUCUGGGAUCUCCUUCUUCUGUGGCAGCUUUUACUACCAGACCCUGACAGGAGACACCAUGGCAACAUCGGUUGCCCCUGUGGGGGGCUCCCUGCUUAUUCUUGGCUGGCUUGCCCUAGCUCUUUGAUCUUCUUCCCCUAUGUUGUCCCACUGGACCAGUCUUCAGAUUAACCUCUUUAGGCAUGAAGCAGCAAGCCUGUUUUUGUAAGACUACUCCAGUUAUUCCUGGGAGAAGCCACCCACAUCAGAUGGUAUGCUGGGGAACUUGAUUUCCCAAUCUUUGCUGGUGUUUUGUCUGAAGAUUGGGAGUGAGAAGGAAAUUAAAAAUGAAAUGCAGAAAA